CUUUGCUGAAGUAUUGCGGUACUCCAACUAAUGUCGUGCAUUUCCGUAACGCUGCGGUGCUCACCUCCUCUGGAAGGCGCAAAAUGCCACUCCUUACGGGACCAGAACGUGAACAGAUGCUUCCUCCUUUACUAAACAUCCACCAUUGGGAGUUGUGCCAACAUGGUUCUAGAGAGGCCAUACGACGCUCUUUUAUGUUUAAAAACUUUGAUGUAGCAUUCGACUUCAUGAAGAAAAUAGCAGACAAAUCCAAAAUUAUGAAUCACCACCCUGAAUGGUUCAAUGUGUAUAAUAAGGUGGACAUACUACUCACUUCACAUGAUGCAGGAGGUCUUUCACGACGAGAUAUUGAUCUUGCCAAUUUCAUCAAUGAUGCAGCGUUUGAAUAUCAAGCAAAAUAAACAAUUUGUUGAUGUUGGUCAUUUAUGUGUGUUUAUAAUCUUUUUUGUUUGUUGAAUAGAUUGUAUUUUCUUUCAAUGGAGCAUAUAUAGGAGUCUCUGACUUUCUUUAUCUUGAAAUAAUCUCUAAACGAAUGCACACUUAAACACUGAGUGUAACAGGUUGAGUGUAUUAUUUAAACAUCAUAGAUCAAUCAAGGCUUGAAUGUUAAAUCAGUUCUUUUCGAUUACUACCUUUAAACAAGUGUGUCUAACUUCACAGUACAUAAUCAUUUCAUAUUUCUCCAUAAUACUAACACUAACGAAUACCUUUUCAAUAUCUAUUCCGUUAAUAAUUCGAAAUAACUAUCUACUAUUACUGAUCGUCUCUCCUUUGUCCAACGC